UGUUGCCUACCUUGACAUUUGAAGGUCAUUUGUCAAAUUUGGAGGUUAACUUUAAAAUCUUGUAAAUAAAUUAAUAAUAAAAAAGGAAAACUGUCUGUAUGCGAGUUACAAAUAGUCAAGAUGUUCAAUAAGUUCAAUAACCGCUUCCGCAGAGACUGUCAUUUAUGUCGACCUGCAAAACGUUUGUUUGCUAGUAGAGCCGGCGUUAAAAAUAAAUGGAAUAGCGUGGUCGGUUUGGAAGUUCACGCCCAAAUUAAUACAGCGAGUAAACUCUUCUCAGGAGCUUCAACAAAAUUUUCAUCCCCUACAAACACCAAUGUCUCUCUUUUCGACUGCGCAAUUCCCGGAACAUUACCCUUACUUAACAGAAAAUGCGUCGAAUAUGGGGUCUUAACGGCGUUGGCUUUGAAAUGUCGCAUAAAUCCCGUUUCAACCUUUGAUAGGAAGCACUACUUUUAUGCAGAUAUUCCAGCCGGUUAUCAAAUAACACAGCAAAGACACCCCCUUGCUAACGAUGGUUGUCUCGAAUUCCAAGUCUUCACCCCCGGAAUCCACAAAACCCCUUACAAAACCCACGCCCGAAUCAAGCAACUCCAAUUGGAGCAAGACAGUGGGAAGAGCCUCCACGACACCGACCGCAGUCUCGUCGACUUGAACCGCGCCGGGGCCCCCCUCAUGGAAGUCGUCUUCGAGCCCGAUUUAAGCGACGGCGAGGAGGCCGCAGCCCUAGUCAAGGAACUAAUCGCGAUUUUGCAACGAAUUGGCACUUGUACGUGCAAAAUGGAAGAGGGGGCUCUACGAGUCGACGCAAAUGUUUCGGUAAAUCGCAAAGGAGAGGCGUUGGGGGUACGGACUGAAAUUAAAAAUAUCGGGUCGGUGAGGGGCGUCGCGGGGGCUAUUCGGUACGAAAUCGAGCGCCAGAUUGAAGUGAAGGAGGCUGGGGGGGCUGUGGAGAAUGAGACCAGGGCGUGGGAUGCUUUGGGUAAAGUCACGGUUUCGAUGAGAGACAAGGAACAAGUGCAGGAUUAUAGGUACAUGCCGGAGCCGAAUUUGCCCCCAUUGCAUGUGGCCAUGGGGCCGGUGUCUCAAGGGUGUGUUAGUGUUGACACCUUGAAAAACUCCCUCCCGGAAUUACCGGAGGAAACGAGGUGCCGAUUAAGGCAAUCCUCCGGUUUGACUUUAGAGCAAAGCAUUAUUCUAGUAAAUGACACUGCACUAUUGAAUUUAUUUGAGGAUGUUUUGAGUAAGAAAAAAAUUGAGGGAAAAUUACUCGCCAACUUAUUAAUAAACGAAUACACCUCGUCGUUGACAAAAAUGAAUUUAGAGCCGAGCCAAAUUUCUUUUAAUUCUGAUUAUUUUGGGGAAAUUGCACAACUUUUGCAAAGUGGGGAUAUUACAAGGAACACGGCGAAACUUGUUUUGGUCGAAAUCAUCCAAGGACGGCAAAAAAGGCCACUUGAGAUUGUUGAAGAAAAUAACUGGUUACAAAUCACCGAUGAAGAUUCGUUGAGGAAAUUAUGUCAGGAAGUGUUAGAUGAGAACGAAAAAGUUGUAAAACAGUACAAGGGCGGAAAAUCGAAAGUUUUUAAAGCAUUUCUUGGAUUCGUAGCGACAAAAAGUAAACAAAGAGCAGAUAUGAAAAAAUGUGAUAGGAUUUUAAGAGAAUUGCUGGAAAAAAAGUAAUUGUUUUGUUAAUAUAGUCGUGUUGUAUU